UAUAGUCCCAAGAUGGCAGCCUCCUUGUUGCAACGCUGUUUAGGAGCUGUCAAAGUUAUCCAUAAAUGUGGGACUUACAGUUUUAUAGACAGAAGAUGUCUACUUUCAGCAGCAUACACAGACACCAAAUUAUGGGGGGAGAGAGAAAAAGAUCAUCAAAAUCUGGCAUUGAUGGCCGCCUUGAUGGACAGGAUUUAUGACCGAAACUUCCCUGUCAGCUCUCUGACAAUAUCACGGUUUGUUGACAACAUAUCAUCAAGAGAAGAGGUUGAUCAAGCAGAGUACUAUCUUUAUAAAUUUCGCCAUAGCCCCAACUGUUGGUACCUCAGAGACUGGACCGUCCACAGCUGGGUGAGACAGUGUCUCAUAUACGGGGCCAGAGACAAGGCCUUACACACCCUCAAGAACAAGGUGCAAUAUGGAAUGUUCCCAGAUGAUUUCACGUUUAACCUGCUGAUAGAUUCCUUCAUUAAAGAUGAAGACUUCAAAGGUGCCUGUUCUGUCGUGGAAGAGGUGAUGCUUCAGGAGUCUUUUGAUCUACCAUCAACACAGAUCCUGUCCAUGUAUGCACUGAACAGUUACCUAGCAACCAAACCAGAACUCAGUGUGUCAGAGCAGAGGUCUCUGGGAGCAGCACUGCUGAUAUGUGGUCUGAAGCAGGACAAUUCUACAGGCCUCAGCGCUCAACUGUUGGGUUGUGCUCUGCUAGGUAAGGUGGAGAUGGCGGUUGGGAUCCAUGCUGUGUUCAGGGGCAUGCCUCUGAUGUGGACCCCAGGGUAUCUGGGCCGGGCCCUGGCCAUUAUGGAGAGGGUAGCUGCCACUCCUGGAGAUAGAAAACUAUCAAAGGACGCCGUUAAUUACCUGGGGGGCCUGCUACAUGACCUCUCCUCUGCCUUGGACUCCAAGUCCUCUUCUGUUGAGGACGAGUUAGGAGGAGAGGAGGAGGGGAAGAAGGAAGAGGAGGAUGAAGAUGAAGACGACCAGGCAGAGAGAGAAAAACUACCGCUCUAUGCCAGCAGGUUCAAGGAGCUGAGUGGGCAGCUCCAGUCUGGGGGUAAGGUGGACCCUAGUCCCCUGCAGGUGCUGGUCUCCAGCCUGGUCCAGCAGGGCCUGGCCUCAGCAGAGGGCCCUGACAUGGAGCAGUACCAGAGGAAGGUACGGGAGUGGGAGGCAGAGAGGCAGCAGCUCAUCAGAAGAGAGAAGGAGAUGAGGGAAAGGGCUGAGGAAGAGAGAGAGGCCCGUCAGGCAGCCAAGGCAGCCGCACAAUAGCGCUGAACACACAGCUGGAUGGUAGCUUUUUGUUGGUGUCUUUUGUACAAAUGCCAUUCACAGUUUAGCAAUGUACCGUGAACAAGAUGUCAACUCCACAUGAUAGAAGUUUGUCUGUAUUAAAUUAUCAUGAUCAACAAAUAAUGAUGAUUCUUGACUUGCUUUAUACUCAAAUAUGAACAAAUCAGAGAGCUUAGUUUGUAGUUACAUGCAUUGUUACACAUAAGACUCGUAACCUCUAUUUCAUCCUUUCAUUUGUUUUCUUGAGAUUUCUAAGUUUUCUUCGAAAAUAUGUUGUAUUUCCUGUUGUGGACAGCAACUUGAUGUUUUUGGUCUAGCUCCAGUCUCGUAAUUGUUAAGCCUGAUGGCCACUAUGACCUCAUGUAAGCAGAAAAGGAGGAAAGCGGGGGAAAUCAUGGCUUCACAUCCUCCCACUCCCUUUCCUCUCUUCUCUCAGAAUGAGGUGUUUGUGAGAGCACAUGUAGACCUUUGUGUGUGUGUG